AUACACGGGGGGUGUUGCAGAUGUAAAGAGUAAAUCAGCGAGAGCGCCUAUGACUAUUCUACUGAUACUGGACAGCUAUAUUUUUAUUUUGACUUUUUGCUUGUUGCCAGUCGUGAUGACUUCACCAUCCGGCCACAGAGUACAUGAUGGGCACAUGCCAAACUACGCUCGGCCUUUCUUCCUCCCACCUAUGCAAACACAACCUAUGUUUUCACCUCCAGUAUCUCACUUCGUGCACCCUGCCGCCUUCCAACCGUAUUUCUAUCCAUCACUAGAAUAUGGCGGUGGUUUAGGUUUGUAUUAUCCAGUCUGCCCUAUGCAAUACACCAGGAGCUUUAGCCCACAUUCACCGAUGCCCCACACUGGCUACAGAAGACCUUACUUUAAUUCCUCAUUCAUCGCUCGUCCAACGUUUUACCAAACCACCCGAUUCCGGCACUACAAUCCUGUUCGACGAAACGUGACCAACACCGAAGUGCAAACCGACACGAACGAGACGAAUCGCGGCCAAACUAAGAGGGCCGACCCGGCGACGGAGAGCGCCCGGAGCGCCAAGCAAACCACCGAGACCAGAAGAGAGCCGAGCAGGUCCGCCGGUGCCGCACCCGCUGCGGGCGCUGCCGGUGCCGCUGCCGGGGAGGAGCGGCCAUCGCCGCACGCCGACACCCGCAAAGAGCCGAGUGCGGCCGAGCAGAGCGGCGGUGCGGGGGAAGCCCGGAGCGCUCAGGCGGGAAGCUACGCCUUUCAAAAGGAAGAAAUCCGCAUUGAAUGCAGUGAAGGCGCGCCUUCCAUCAACGUGUGGCGGUCGUUUGAAGCCACGGUUCCCAUAUACAACGCCACGCCGAGCAAACAGGCGGAAGAGCGGAUCCAGUGCGAGGUGUGGUCCGUGAGCGCCUGUGACGGCGCUGUGCCCUUCUACAGCCCCUUCGUCGAGGGGGACACCGGCACCCAGAGAGCCCAGGCUCCCGGGGAGGAGGCCGGGGGAGCGGCCGCGCCGCAAGCGCGAGUCCCGGGGCUGCUGCCCGCGCCGAGCCAAUGUCCGCAAAAUGGGUGCAGCGAGUGCGAAGCCAAAGGGGCCGCGGGGAGACCUCCCGCCUCGGCGGACCCGGACCCGCGCGAGACGAACGAAAGUCAGAAGCCCGCGGGGAAGGGCUCGUCCGACAAACCCGCACAACCGCGCGGCCGGGGGGAGAGGGAGAGGGAGCGGGAGAGGGGCGCGGAGACUGACGUGCGGCCACUCUGCCCCUCACCCCGACGCGAGGAGCCGACGUGCGAGGUGAUGCCGAGCGACUCCCCGGGUUCCGCCGAGUCCGGGGACGAGUACGUGCCGUCCUCCAGCGUCCUGGCCUGGCUGCGCCAACACGCUCGCCAGUACCGCUGGGCGCCCCACCUGCCCCAGGCCGUGCGGGACCGGCCCGGCAUCUUCAGCGGCUCUUUCGACGAGAUGUCCUCCAAGGACGAGGAGUCGUCGUCCCUCGACUUCUUCGACGCCAUCCCCCUGAGCAACCAAGUCUCGUACUCUCACCUGAUGUACCAGCCGGCGCCGCUCCAGCUGCCCGAGGUGUCGGCCUCGGACCCCACCCUGGCGGCUGCUGGCAACCAGCUGGAGAGCCGCUGCGCCUUCGACAGGGAGAAGGUGAUCUGCAGCGCUUGUCACAAGGAAGCCUACCCCGACCCCCCAAGUGAAAGCUACGCCGAGUGCAGGUAUCACUCACUGAGCAGGAGCCUGGAGAGGGAAGGCUCCUUGACCCCCGGGGAGCAGGCGCCCGCCGGCAGCGCGCCGACUGGCCACAGGUCCCGCAAGAGCCGCAGGUUCUCCGUCGACUCCUUCGGCUCGAAGACCAAGAAGAAGAGCCGCCACUCGUCCGAUUCCGAGCCGACCCAAGAGGAGCCUGACGAGGAGUACGGCGGCUUCGGGGCCUCCCCCGCGGAGAAAGGGCAGGGGGCAGCGAUCCCGGGCUCCUCCCGCAAGGCGCUCCUCCGCAGAACAUCCAAACUGACCGCAAUGCAGACGUGCAAGAGGCCGGUGCAAGACAAGCUGAAAGGGAGGAAGAGGGGAGCCGAGCUGGUGGAGGGUGCAGUGGGUCGAAGAGAAGCGGCCAGGCUGGACAGCGAGCUCCAGAGAGCCUGGCAAGCCGCCAAACCAGAACGAAAACGCAAGGAGAAGAAAAAGUGUGUACAGAAGGCUAUGAGCGUACAAAAUGAGAGUGAAGAGACAGCUGAUGAGUAUUGGAAUAAAGUUGGUGCUAAACCCAAGUCCAUUGCACAUUCACUUGAUGCUGAGGAUUCAGUGAAAGAAUAUGAGAAACCUCAACAAAAAGUUAGAACGAUUUAUAAAUCCAACCCUCCAAAGAGAGCCACAAAAGAACCUAAUGAAGCAGAGAUCUGGGAGUCUGCUCGAUCACAUGGAUUGCAAGGAAAUGCUGUGAGGAGAGGAAGAACUAAAAAACGAUAUUAAGAAUUUUCACAUCCCAGAUGCACGAGUUCAACAGAGCACAUGAAACGCAACUUUAAAACUCAGUCAUUUUAAAUGACUUCACAUUGUAGCCCACCACUCUAGUUCAACAAUAAAUGGGUGCAAAUCUAA